AAAUGGUCCGCUACUCCCUGGACCCGGAGAACCCGACGAAAUCAUGCAAGUCACGGGGCUCCAACCUGCGGGUCCAUUUCAAGAACACACGUGAGACUGCGCAGGCCAUCAAGGGCAUGCACAUCCGCAAGGCCACCAAGUACCUGAAGGACGUGACGCUGAAGAAGCAGUGUGUUCCCUUCCGCCGCUACAACGGUGGAGUUGGUAGAUGUGCCCAGGCCAAGCAGUGGGGCUGGACACAGGGACGCUGGCCCAAGAAAAGUGCAGAGUUCUUGCUGCAUAUGCUCAAAAAUGCGGAGAGCAAUGCUGAGCUCAAGGGUCUCGAUGUGGAUUCUCUGGUGAUCGAGCACAUCCAGGUGAACAAGGCUCCCAAAAUGCGCAGGCGAACCUACCGAGCCCAUGGUAGGAUCAACCCCUACAUGAGCUCCCCCUGCCACAUUGAGAUGAUCCUCACCGAGAAGGAGCAGAUUGUUCCAAAACCAGAAGAAGAGGUUGCUCAAAAGAAAAAGAUCUCCCAGAAGAAGCUGAAGAAGCAAAAGCUCAUGGCGCGGGAGUAAAUGCAAUAUUGCAGAUGUACAUAAAUAAAA